UCGUCAUUUCCUCUGCUGCCAUUUUGCAGUAGGGAAUCGUUGUUGAGCGGAGAGCUGAGAGCUGGGUGAGGGUCUGAACAGACUCAGAUUAAGGGUUUAUUUGACAGCUGUGUCGCUCUUGGACGGACCAGACAUUUCAUCCUCGACAUGUCGGAUUUUGACAGCAACCCGUUUGCGGACCCGGACUUCAGCAACCCGUUUCAGGACCCAUCAGUGACGCAAGUAACGCGGAAUGCCCCCCCUGGCCUGGAGGAGUAUAACCCUUUCACAGAUACAAAACCGGCGCCACCUGGCUCUGCCCCCAAAGCAAUGCCGCCCACUACCAACACACAGCCGGCCAUCAUGAAGCCCACCGAGGAACCACCGGCUUAUUCUCAGUCACAGCAAACACAGGACCAGGCGCGUGCCCAGGCAGAGUUAAUGCGAAGGCAGGAGGAGCUGGAAAGGAAGGCAGCAGAGCUUGACCGCAGAGAAAGGGAGAUGCAGUCUCUCAGCGCAUCAGGAGGGAGGAAAAACAACUGGCCACCUCUUCCAGAGAAAUUUCCAGUUGGUCCAUGUUUCUACCAUGACAUAUCUGUGGACAUUCCUGUGGAGUUUCAGAAAACAGUCAAGAUAAUGUACUACCUGUGGAUGUUCCACACAGGGACACUGUUCCUGAACAUAUUUGGCUGCUUGGCCUGGUUCUGUGUGGAUCCUUAUCGCGGUGUGGACUUUGGCCUGGCCAUGCUGUGGUUUCUGCUUUUCACACCCUGUUCCUUCGUCUGCUGGUACAGACCUCUCUAUGGAGCAUUCAGGAGUGACAGCUCUUUCCGCUUCUUUGUGUUCUUCUUUGUUUAUAUCUGCCAGUUCGGAGUGCAUGUAUUACAGGCCAUUGGCAUCGCCGGCUGGGGUGCCAGCGGUUGGAUCUCGGCAUUGACAGGCUUGAAUACGAGCAUUCCUGUCGGAAUCAUAAUGAUCCUCAUCGCUGCUCUCUUCACUGCUUCUGCUGUUAUCUCCCUCAUCAUGUUUAAAAAGGUCCAUGGGCUGUAUCGCACCACCGGCGCCAGCUUUGAGAAAGCUCAACAGGAGUUUGCCACUGGUGUCAUGUCCAACAAGACAGUCCAGACCGCUGCGGCUAAUGCAGCCUCCAAUGCUGCCCGAGGAGCCUUUAAAGAGCAGUUCUGAUUGGCCCAGAGAGAACAGAGUCCCAUUCUCUCCGUCCACGACACUACUCCUACUCCACCCACCCUUUUAUUCCUUUUAAAAAUACUCACAUGACUCGUCAGUCAUUCGUAAUACCCACCCAUUUCUGAUGCAGAGGAUUCCAGACUCCACCCCCUUUCUUCAUUGACUUACUGCACUCCAGUGGCUGACAGAGACUUAUUCUUUAUUUCUCCUCUCCUCCAGUCUCUCAGCAGGUGGUACACACCUGAGUAUGUGAGCUUGAGCAUUAGUGUGUGUCGGCAACGUAUCUUUUUGCACACACUUGUUUGUGGUGCGAGAGUUCAUUAUCGUGCAUUUGGGCCUUUUUCUGUCAUGUUCAAAAAACAAACGAGUCCGAAAAGAGACAAAAAGAGUGCCCUCGCAUACAUCACAUCAGCUCAUCCCACCACAAUACAUGCAACACAACACCUCCUCCCCCAUUCCCGCAGGGCUCUCAUUGGCUGAGAGGAAUGUCCGUGGCGCACUGCGCCCAGUAGGAGAUUCCGAUGUCGCUCUUGAUCUCCGAUUCGCCUUACGUUCACGUUCCUUCUUUUCUGCUCUUUCCGUUACCCCUGAAACACCUUUCCUGGCUCUCAGACAUGAGCUGAUGCUCUUCGGCCUCCUCACAGUCACGUCUGCGGCCGGAAUGUUUGUCCGGCCCGGAAAACCCGCAGGUGACCCCCCUCACAGAGUUGCAGGCCUUUUAUGCUGUUCCCCUAUGCCUGUGUGUGUGUGUAUAUAUAGAUCCCUGUAUUGCUUACACCAGUGUUUCCAGUUUAGGUCCUGGAGUAGCCCUGUCCAACUGUCCACCUCUUGGAUCAGGAAGAGCUGGAAAACACUCAAAUGUGCUGGACAGGAAUAGUUCAGGACCAGAGUAGGAGAGAGCAAAACAAAACUGGCUUAACAUGUAUAAGUAUAUUGGCUGAUUUCAAACCUGUGAACGUUUCUGAGCGCCUCCGGCCUUGUUCUUCUUUUUUAAAUCAACACAACUUUGGAAUGGAACCGUGGGAGGGGGCGGGAGAAGCGCGUGUAAUCCUCAGGAUAUUGCUCGUAAACGUGCAUGAGAAGCUUGCUAUGUCCGCCUCAGCUGUCCGGUCCAGCUUUACGGGGUACAGGACGCUUGGUGAGAGGAGAGAGGGCCGAAGGGGAGAAAAGCGCGCGUUUCAGUAAAUGACACUCUUCGGCACAACGAGAUCAAGUAAAUUCAAUAUGCUCGACAUAUGUGGGUGUGUGUAUAGUGUGUGAGUGUAUGUAUAGUGUGAGUAUGUGUGAAUAGUGUGUGUGUGAGAUAGGGAGAGAAAGGGGAGAAUGGUAAAGGAAAGUUCCAGUGUUUUUAAACUAAUUUCUGUCUGCUGCAUCUGUAUAAUAUAUUCAACACAUGCUAGAUCAGAGCUAGGGUGUUAAUUUGUGGAGAGCACAUUUUAUCAUAUACAACCCACUAGCUAGUAAUCUUACAGUAACCAACCUAUCGUUUCAGUUGAGCUCACAUUUAGCUCACUAGCUUACGCUUACCACAGUAGUCUAGGGCUACAGUGUUAACUUGAGGUUAGCUAGUGUUUUAACUCAUUUAGCUUGUUAGCUCACAAUUACAGCAGAUGGUCAGGGCUAGGGUUUUAGCAUGUUGAUUCAGGGCCAGGGUGUUAGCUUGGUUUGCGAAUCAGCUCACAGUAACAAUAUUAGCUAAGGUUUUAGCUUGCUGGCUUAGGGUAUUAAACUGUUGUUUAUUUACAUUUACUAUAUUCAUUCAGAGCUACAUGGUUAAAAGGCAGGCUAAGGGCAAAGUAUUAUCUAGCUCGUCAGCUCUUGGUUACCAUGUUAGUCUAGAACCAGGAGGAUAGCAGGCUGGCCUAAGGCUAGUGGAAGCUAGAUGUUAGCAUGUUAGCUCAGUUAUUGUGUUACUUUACAUUUAGCAUGUUAACUUGCAGUUAACGCGUUCCCUCAGUGUUGGUAAAGUUUUUAUUGUAAUGUUGUUUGAAAACCAGAUGCAGCAGGUAGAGCUUAUCAGGAAGAGCACUGAAACAUCCCUUUAAGUGUCUGAGUGGUUGAUUUAGCAGUUAGCAUUUAGCGGUUAGCAUCACAGAAGCGAGUUCCAGCCAUGAAGCGCUAUCUGGUCUCUGAAGCUGUUUAAACAGACCUACUUUUGCUCUUUUUUCUUUUCUAAAUCCUGAAUGGCUGAAACCUUGUAGCCUUGGUGACCGUCACCUAGAAACAGCCAAGUCUCAUGAUUAUGGGAUGUAAGCGUAUCAAGACUGCUUUAAGCGUGUGGAUCCUUUAACUGUUCAGCAGUGCUGUGUGUGUGCGCGCGCGCGCCUGUGUGUUAUCCUUAUUUUCCUUUUUUUCUGUCUCUUAUGUCUUGGAAUUUUCUUAGAUCAGUUAGCUUCCCAUCCUGUUCCCACCUUCCAGUAUGUGUGUGCGUGCGUGUAUAAGUGUGUGGGUGGGAGACAGAGUGUGUGCGAGUGUACGUGUAUGCAAGAGAGAUGAGCCACUGCAAGUCGUUCUUCCUUUUAUAAAUACAUUUCAACAAAAAUGGCACCUGAAUGUUUCUGUUAUAUAUUCAUAUUUUUUUCGUUUGAUUAAAAAUAAGGAAAAAAAACAAGAACAGGAAUCAACAUGGAAAGUUAGACAGAUAUAAUAGAUGAUAUGAUGAUGUGUGUGAGUGUGUGCGUGCGUGCGUGUUCGUGGCUUUAAGUUGUACAUUUUAAAUUGGAUGACACUAGUAACGUAGUUGAAACUACUGAAGAGAACCUGGCAGCGUUGUUCCAGAACGGAACCCAAGGGAUAUUUGUAUAUUUUGUAAAAUUGACGAGUGGUUGCCUGUUGUCCUGAAUUUCAUUGUACUGUACAAAUGCACUCUUGUCUCCCCCGCAGUCGCAUGUUGAGUAGUUUGAGUUUUGUAUAUUUAUUGUAUUAACACCAGAAUAAAAUUAAAAUAAAAAAAAUAAUGAAUAAAAAAAAUUCAACUACUUCA